UUAUCAGUCAGAACAGCCGGUUCCGCUGCUGCCGCUGGUUUGGAUAUUCUGACUGUUCCCCUAACACCUGUGUUUCUUUAAACAUAACCUUCACCAUGACCAACAAGAUGACUCCUCUCCUCUUCAGGGCGCUGCUGCAGAUGUCUGAAGCCCCCUCCUCCAAGAUAGCGCGAGGGAACGGUAAAAGAGAUCUCAGACACUUGUGGGGUUCCUGUGGGGCCCUGGCAGCGACGAGAAGGGCCAGCCUGCCUCUCUGCCCCUCCAUCCCCGUCAGCACACCCAGCCGCAGCUUCAUCAACCUGGCUGCUCCCAUCAGCACACGCAGGAUGGAGUACACCGAGUGCCGGACAUUAAGGUUUACUCCAGAGCAGAUGUACAAUGUGGUGGCCAGUGUGGACCAGUACAAGCACUUUGUUCCGUGGUGCAAAAAGUCUCGGGUCACGAAGGGACGAAAUGGUGACGUCCGGGCGGACCUGGAAAUAGGUUUCCCCCCCAUUGUGGAGCGCUACACCUCUGAAGUCACCGUCAUCCCAAACCACCAAGUCAGGGCCGUUUGUACUAAUGGAUCCCUCUUCAGCCAUCUUGAAACAAUAUGGAGGUUUGCCCCUGGAGACCUGCCAGCCUCCUGCAAAGUGGAUUUCUAUGUGUCAUUUGAGUUCAAGUCUCUCCUGCACUCUCAGCUGUCCAGCGUGUUCUUUGACGAAGUGGUGAAACAGAUGGUCAAUGCCUUUGAGUCACGAGCGGCGAUGCUUCACAGGAACCAGCAGGGGGCGCCAUUGAGGAGGCGGUCGACAUGAGGCCCCUUUAACCAAACCCUGCUCUCCCGGCUGUCAACACACAGGAGGCUGGAUCUUCUUUUUGCACGCAUUCAUAUCUUAAACUCAUUCAGAUUAAACAAACUAUUUAUUUAAAAGCUACACACAAGCUAAUUUAUUUUUACUUUCUUGUACAUAUGUAUUUACUUUAGGGACAGGAAUAAAUACAUGGUGUCACAUGAUCAUGUUUCUUUGUGAAACUGUGGGAUAAUUUACAACAAGUGACUCCUGCUCAGCGCUGAAACCUCUUGAAAUGUUAAGAGAUAUGUCUUGUUCAGCACUUUUAUUUGUUGGUGGAAUUAAAAAGCUCUUAUUUUGGUAAACCUA